AUGGACUACGCCGAUCCCUUUAACAUUAUUCCAUUCGUCGGACGCGGACAAAAGAGGACUAGGAGAGCAUACGUGACUUUAUUCAUUUGCCUCGUUACAAAAGCGAUUUAUUUUGAAUUGGUGGAAGACUAUUCCGCUGAAGGAUUUUUGGCCGCGUUCAAAAGAUUUUCGAGUCAUCGAGGAUUAUCGCGUCACAUAUAUAGUAACAAUGGCACCAACUUUCAUGGGGCUGAUCGAGAAUUGCAACGUCAUUUUCGUACUUUAAAAAAUGACCCUGAUAUGCUAGACAUUUUCGCCGCCGACGGUGUAGAUUGGGAAUUCAUUCCGUCGGCUGCUCCGCAUUUCGGCGGCCUGUGGGAGGCCGGAGUUAAAAGUUUUAAAGCGCAACUGAAGAGAAUCGCCGGGACGCGUACAAUCUCGCAGGCUGAGUUUGCGAUGCUUCUCUGUCAAAUUGAAGCGUGCCUUAAUUCCCGUUCUAUUGCUGCUCUUAGCGAUGACCCUAGCGAUUUGUCUGCGCUCACUCCUGGACAUUUUCUAAUAGGCCGACCGAUGAUCGCCGUUCCGGAGGAAUCCGUGCUCACGAUUAAUCCGGAUCGACUUUCGCGCUGGCAACUUAUGCGCUCUAUGUAA